AGUGAGAGAGAUGCACACAGAGAGAAAGAUGAGAGGAUAGGAGUCGCUGGUUCACAACAUAACCAGAGACAAGCCUUAAACUAAACAGCUGGUGUGAUGGGCGAAGAUGCUGCAGGCAGAUGCUCGAUGGACUGACAGAGUCAGUCUCAUUUGAACGAGUCUGGGAUUUAAUGUGCAAGAGGACAUUAUCAUCGCAACUCUUUAAGUACCAGAGAGGAAAUAUUUGAGGACUACAGGUGGAAAACCAUGUGAACUGAAGAACAAAGGAGAUUAACAGAGCGGAUGUGCAGAUGCUGCACAUUUGGACGACAUGUGGACAUCAUUUUACAUCUAAAACUACUGGACAGUGAAGUGAAAGCAUCAACCAUUACCAUUAACGAUUCCGGAAUCUCAGCAUAUAAUUUUGUGAUGAUCAUUUUUACAGCUUUUCUCCGGAAUUGAAUGAAUUGCAUGACAUUCAUUUAGCAAAUCAUUUUAUCCAAAGUCAUUUUAAGUAUUUAAGGUGCAAUGUUGGGUUUCGCAUCUUGCUUACUGAUACUUAGAAAAUGUGACGAGUUGGGGAUCAGACCAGAAACCUUCCAAAUGAAAGACUCCACCUCCAGACCCACAUUCAUCUAUUCCAACUGUAUCAAUGGAUUAAAAUAGGAAGGAGAAGGGUUGCUUAAAAAAAAACCAUCCAGAGUGAAACUUCAAGCAAGACCUGGACAUUUGGAUACUGUAUAUGACCACCGUAUCUUUUGGUCAAAUGUUCCAACUAUGGAGGCUCAACACUGUCAAAAGGAAGUGGAUUAUCAGCUGGUGAAAGCGUUAGAUCCUGCCGGGUUGGAAGUCCUGCUGAGGUGUUUGAAUCAUGUGGUCCACUGAGAGCAUGGAGCCAGAAAAAGCACACACACAGAGCAGCAUGUUCCACAAGGUUGAUGUGCCCGACCAUGCUCACUACAUUGUUGCUGUGUUUGUCUUUGUUAUUGGGGCACUAGGCAUCACUGGGAACAUCUUGGUUAUAUUUGCCUUCUAUAGCAAUAAGAAGCUUCGCAACCUGCCUAAUUACUUCAUCGUGAACCUGGCGGUCAGUGAUUUCCUCAUGGCAUUUACACAGUCCCCUAUCUUUUUCAUCAACUGCCUCUACAAGGAAUGGGUGUUUGGAGAGAUGGGGUGUAAGAUGUACGCCUUCUGUGGUGCCCUGUUCGGAAUUUCUUCCAUGAUAAACCUACUGGCCAUCUCCAUUGAACGCUAUCUGGUCAUCACCAAGCCCUUGCAGACCAUACACUGGAGCUCCAAACGAAAAACUACUCUCACCAUCCUCGUGGUCUGGCUCUAUUCUUUGGCUUGGAGUCUGGCUCCUCUGCUUGGCUGGAGCUCCUAUAUCCCCGAGGGUUUGAUGACAUCUUGUACAUGGGAUUAUGUUACGUACACUCCGGCCAACAGGAGCUACACGAUGAUGCUGUGCUGUUUUGUCUUCUUUAUUCCGCUGGGAAUCAUCUCUUACUGCUAUCUUCGAAUGUUCUUGUCGAUAAGAAAGACUAGCAGGGAGGUAGAACGUCUAGGGACUCAAGUAAGAAAGUCCACUCUCAUCCAACAGAAGUCCAUCAGGAGUGAGUGGAAACUGGCAAAGAUCGCUUUUAUUGUCAUCGUAGUCUACGUCCUCUCUUGGUCACCGUAUGCAUGUGUUACACUGAUCUCCUGGGCUGGUCAUGCCAACAUCUUGUCACCGUACUCCAAGGCUGUCCCUGCGGUCAUAGCUAAAGCCUCCACUAUCUACAAUCCUAUCAUCUACGCUAUCAUACACAACAAAUACCGGAUGACUCUGGCGGAGAAAUUUCCCUGCCUGAGGUUCCUGUCUCCCACUCCUCGAAAGGAAUGUAUCUCCUACUCCAUCAGUGACUCCUCUCUCAGAGACUCCAUCAUCAGUAGGCAGUCAACGGCUUCCAGGACGCACUUCAUUAAUGCUUCCUCAAACCGCUUUGAUAUGGUAUUGAAGGAUGUGGAAAUGAAAUCCCAUGGUGGGAAAUCAAGCGAUUCCUUCAGAAGCAUGUCAUACAGUCAUACAAUCAGAGGCAGGUCUUAUAAGAAACAAUCUGAGCGGAAGACGAUCAAGACCCACACAUCAGAGAAGCAUCCUUCAACAACAAUGGACCCACAGAGCAACCGUGACCAUGAACUGGUGUCCAGCUCUCUGACCAUCGCCACUCUCCCUCUGCUGGUUCUCACCAGGAACCGCAACAAGGGCAUGACCAAUGAGAAUCCAGACGACGAAAGAUGCGACACCAGUGACAGGCUGAACAGUCACAAAAGUGACUCUCCAGAUUCCCUGAAUUUUGGAAAUUUGGCAUCCACUGAUGCCAGAACAUCUCAGAGCAUACCACGCAUAAUUGUCAUCAGCCCCACCGCUGAGGGCAGCCUCAUCAGCCAGGACGGCGUCUGCGUAGAGGACAGCAUUGAGGCUAUGGAGAACAAUGUCUUUGUUAGUCUAAAUUUCUCAUCAGAAGUCUUUGAGGCGGUGGAACUACUCUCUUGACACAGUGGACUUCGAACCAAAAGAAGCUUUACUUAAUUUCAGAGACGCAAGACACACGGCAUGGUCUCCUGACUCAUCCUGAAAGUUUUGUCUCUCUGUUGCUUAGGCAACCAAAGAGCAGAGGAAAAACUGGUAUGAUGAAUGAAACUACAUAUAUACAUUCUGGCAUGAAGUGUGCAGUGUUUGUACCCUAAGGGGCAUCGUGGGAUGCUGCAUGCUUAUACUGGAGCCCUCAGAAAUCCCAGUUCCAACCGUAUGUUUCUUAUAACUUGGGUCUCAGUCUUGAGUUUACCAAUUCAAUUAAAAGUUCAGUUGAAAUAAUCCAACUUCGGGCAAGUUAAAGCCCUAUUUUGGGUUUUCUGCCAGAGACUGAAGAAGGGACUUUGCAUCUGUAACCACACCUCUGUGGUUUGUGUUGAUUACUAUUUAACUGUACCUUUACUGAAACUACACUUCCUCUGCUACUUCUCUCGGUUCUGCCACAGCAGAUCCUCUUUCAUUCAUCUUGGCAUGUCUUCUGCAUCUCCCCUUGUCACGCCAACAAAUGUUUAACUCACAACAUGUCAGCACAUCAGGUAAAGGAAGCACACAAACUAAAAGACAAAAAAACAAACAAACUGAUUUUUGUCCCUUUUGAAUCCUUUUAUCACAAACAAUUCAAUGAACCAAAGCAAUAACAUUAAGUUGUGAGGAUGUGUGUAAAUUAAUUUCUUGUCUUGUAAUUGUAGACCAUUUGGGAAUUAUAGACAUCUCCAACUGUUCAUUGGCAGCAAGGGGGAGGGGUAAUAAAAGCUAAGGCUGUUUACGCUGGUCAAAGACUGAGGCAGGGUUGAAUGUGCCUCACGCAGCAAGAACAUGUCCUCUGUGUUGACUUGUGUUGUCACUGUUAAGACACUUCAUCGUUUUCAUCAGUCUUAGAAUAUAAACAUACAGAAUUAUAGACAUCUCCAUACAGGAUUUUUGUUUGUUUUUUACAGCCCUUUAUAACAUGCAUAACCAUACUGCAAACAAAUACUGGAACAUUUUACCAACCCUGAACUACACAUUUGAAGUAAAGCUCAUCCAUUUGGCCCUUGAAAGUGUUGGCGGAGUGUAGAAUACUCUUUUUGUUAUACUGCUUUAAUUAUUACUUCAAAGUCAAUAAAUUAAACAAGUUAAACAAAUAAUGAUUUGUUAUUUUGAAAUGGGGAGCACUGUUUACAUGGAGACCACAUUGUGACCUUUUGACAUCAUCAUUUGUCAUCCUAUUUAAAAUCUAAUUUGUGUAUGGCUUUUUUUAGAUUAUGUAUCACCAACAGACUAUGGCUGCUUACCCAGUGAUUUCCAGCACUUGUAAAAAGAAAGUUACUAUUAUUUUUUGUAUAUGUCAAUCGGGCAUGUUCUAACGUCAAAAAAAAAAAAUAUAUAUAUAUGGACAACUGUUGAGCAGAAAGUUCAUGCUUCCUGAGCCUUUGGGAAACAAUGGAGCAAAAUAUGAAAACCAUAAAGAUAGUAAUAAUUCUGCAGCAAUCAAUUGAUAUCAUAUUACUAUAUUCCUUAUUAGGGCGGGAAACACAACUCUUUUUAUGUAAAACCUGUUCCUGGUUGACUUAUAGGGAAAAAUGCCAACAGAUUUCACUUCCGUACAUGAGAGUGUAAAUGGAGAACUGUCCUGUAGUGUUCACCUAGUGAGCAUCACCUCCACACCCUCUACAGAGAACCUUUGUUUCCCUCUACUCUUUUUGUUUCAAUCAUUUUUUGUAUUAUUAUUUUCUUACAUCCAUCGUCACACUUCUUCAGUAUGCUGUAUACAGAUCAUGUAAUGUAUUUUAAAAGCCACACUUAUGCUGUUUUAUGUAGAUUUCUUUUCUUUUCUGCUGCUACAAUAAUGACAGAAUAAUGUUAUUGUCCAUAUACUGUAUGUGUCUGAACUAAAGACAGAUGUAUGAAUUCAAGGUACAUAUUUCUUUUCAAAAGUCAAAUUAGUAUCCAAAAUAAAUAAAACUGUUUAGAAGCUCUAUAUGCAAAAUUGCUUUUUUUGGUAAAAGCAGAUUUGACAAACUCAACACAUUUCUCCAUGACCCAUAUGCGUGAUCAGAUAAGGAAGUUUAAAGAGCAUAUUGCAGGUUGGAGACCCCUGUGAAUCAAUGUGUAGGAAAAUAAUGUAGGAACUGAAUUUUCAUGGAAAUACGCAUAAAUAUAUACUACAGUGACCUCCUGAGUUGU